AUGUCAAAAAUAAGUAAAAGAGGGGAGAUAUACUUUAAUGGAUUUUUAAAAUAUUCCAAAAAGAAACAGAAAAAAAAACCUCUAGGGAAUGAAGAUGUUGGAAAAAUAGAAGAUAUAGGGAAAACAAAAAUAACAGAUAACCUGAAGGAUAUAAAUUCUUCAUAUAGCUUAGCUCAGAAAAGAAAAGAAAGUAUAAAUAUGGUAUCAAAAAAAAAAAAAUCUAAAAAUAAUGAUAUAAUAAUUAAUGAUUCGAAAAAAAAUACGAAUGUAAAAUCAAAUAAGAACGUUUUAAAAACAAAAUUGUUGAAAAAAAGUUUUACACCAAAUUUCGAAAAAAAAACAGGUUCGAUUGUUAAUAAUAUUAUUUGUGAUGAAGUUCCUUCAAUUCACGAUAAAGGUAAUAAUACCUUAAAAAAGGAAAUAAGGCGAAAAACACCAAAAAUGAAAAAGAAGAAGACAAAUAAUACAUUAAAGUUAUCCAAUUCAUCAAGGAAAAGGAGUAAUGGUUUAAAAAAAAGAAAUUUAAAUAGUAAUAAAAGUUCAACGUAUCUUAAUAACAGUUAUGGUAAUUUAUCCUACUUUACAGACUAUAGUAAUUAUAGCAUUCGUAAUUCUUCUUAUGAUAUACCUACUUCUCAUAGUAAAAACAAAAAUAAUACAAAAAGAUUAUAUGUAAAAUAUAAAUAUGAAUUACCAACUAUAGCUUCCUUAGGAAAAGUAAAGAAAUUAGAUUACUUGGGAUUAACCAUUGAUGAUGUGGAAUUAAAUAAAAAAUCCAAAAAACUUUUAUAUAAUUUAUCUAAUUUAUACUUUGGAAAUAGUAAACUUCAAAAUAGUCUAUAUUAUCAUAAAAAAUCGAGUCAAGUGGGAAAGAAAAAAAAGGAAAAAAAAAAAAAAAAAAACUAUUAUACAUAUGACUAA